UAACUGCUGCUAAUGUUGAGAUAUUUGAGUUGGUAGAAACAAACAGAUCGCAGAGCAGCAAGAAGAAACGAGUGGAUUUAAAGAAGAGAAGAAACUAGUCAACGUGCUGGAAGCUGUUUUCAAGGCUGAAGUUCUCUGAUCCAGAGCAGCUGAACCUGUCGGCAACCGUGUUUAAGAGCGUUCGUGACACGAAAACUCGACUCAUCAAGAAGUGCAAAGGGAAGUCGGGGAAGGAGAUGUUGAAAUCUGGACAAACUGGCAAUAGUUCAUAAUGGCAUCCAAGUGCAAGUGGAGAGACAGGCAGGUGGAGGCUGUUAUCCUUGAGCACUCGGGCAUCUUGGAUGCUGCUGAAGCUGCUGCUGCACAGGAGGCCGCAGACGUAGACUCUGAAGGCGAACCGAGGACUUCCACUUCACCUGGUCCAAGAAGGCGAAGUAUCAAAGAAGGCGAGAUGGACCGAAUGUUACUGCUAAUGCAGGAACGAGCGGAGGAGAGUCGGGCCCGCAUGGAAGAACUGCAAAAGUGUAAAGAGCAGCACCCCAGCACAGCUAGGAACGCCUUCGCAGCCUAUGUCCGGGACUCCUUAAACACCAUGUCGGAAUGGAGCUACAGAAAAGCAAAGGAUGAAAUCUGCCGGGUGUUGACAAAAUAUGAAAAUGGAGCUGAAGAGGAUCGGGUCAAGCAACAACAGAAGUUCCAACAGCAACCACCUCACCACCACACAAAGCCACGACACACUGUCCUGCCUGUCCGAGGACUGCAGCCACUCCUGUCCUGUCUUUCUACAAACAUGUCUGAAGUCCAGCAGCUGAGGGACACGUUGAAACUACAGCAAACACCUACUGAUGAGGGAACGAUCACAGACCAGGAAGAAGAAAUGUGUCAUUUAAAAGAAGAGAACAAAAGAGACAUGCAGCCGUGUUGGUGAUUAAAGAAGAAACUCUCCCUGAACACCAGG